UUGGCCAUGUCUUUAUAAUUAUUAGUUGUUUUUCGGCAUAAUUGGGAUUCCGAUAAACUUUCUAGGAUUCCAAUCACUGUUAAAGUGUUCUUCAUUCAGGGAACUCAAACUUGCUGCUAACCAUUUCAAACAUUUUGUUAUUUCAUUAAAAUUAUCGUUUUUAAAUUUGAUUGGUAGCAUUUUUGAUCAAACUUUCGCUGUGUUAAUAUUUUAGACUAGAUGACUACACUUGACAAUAUUGAUCAAGAACCAGAACAUGGAAGUGAUGAAUUAGUUUUGUCAGAAAAUAAAGAAAACACGACUAGUGAUAAUCAUGAAACAGAUCAAUCCAUAGGACAUAUGCGUGAUGAAGCCUUAAGGCGUAAAGAACGUCUAAAGCAAUUACGUAUGAAAAAUGCAUCACAUAAAAGUAUUAUACACUUAAACAAUAGCGAUAAUGGAGAAUUACCCAAACCGAUAUUUCGAAAUUACAAACCACAGUCAGAAGAAUUAAAAGAUGGUGAAUUGCCUGCUGGUAAACCGGUAGAUCUGAACAAGCACAUCAUUGCACAACUGGAAGCUGCCGAUGCACCAGUUAUUGUUGAUGAAGUUAAUUUGGCAAGUCUUGCACCUCGUAAACCUGAUUGGGAUUUAAAAAGGGGUGUUGAGAAGAAAUUGCGUAAAUUAGAACGUCGAACUCAACGUGCUAUCGCUGAAUUAAUCCGUGAACGUCUUCUUGAAACAAGUGUCGACUACACUGAGACAUAUGCAAACCAUCCGAAAUCAAUUGAAUAA